AAACCGUAAAUAAAGAAAGAGAUAAGGUCCCAAGUGACAACCGGCACACGCUUUCGCGUCCGAUCUCUAUUUCCCCUAACCUCCCAUUAAAACCACAUCCCAUUCAAAUCCCAACGACCCUUCCACCGCCAUCUCAACGGAAAACAUUAUCAUUAUCAUCAUUCCACAUCCACAAUCUCACCGGAACCCUAAAAUUUCACACUCUCUCAAUCUCAAUCCAUGGAAACCGCUGACGGAAUCGAAGCCGUGAACGCACCGCUUCAUCAUCCACCGGAUCUAACCUCCACAUCUCAGAGUGUUUCCGCCGGUAACGUGAAUUCGUUCAUCAGCUAUGAUGACGACGAUGAUGACGAGGAGGAUGUUUGUCGGAUCUGUAGAAAUAACGGAGACGAUGAUAAUCCGCUUCGGUAUCCGUGUGCUUGUAGCGGUAGUAUUAAGUUUGUGCAUCAGGAUUGUCUUCUUCAGUGGCUGAAUCAUAGCAACGCUCGCCAGUGUGAGGUUUGCAAGCACCCAUUUUCGUUCUCACCCGUGUACGCUGAAAAUGCACCUGCAAGGCUUCCUUUUCAAGAAUUCGUAGUUGGAAUGGCAAUGAAAGCAUAUCACGUCCUGCAAUUCUUUCUACGUCUCAGUUUCGUGCUUUCUGUAUGGCUUCUAAUCAUACCAUUUAUAACCUUUUGGAUAUGGCGUUUCUCAUUCGUCAGGAAUUACGGUGAAGCCCAGGGAUUGUUCCUGAGUCAUAUUUCGACUUACGUUAUCCUCACCGACUGCCUUCAUGGGUUCUUACUUUCCGCAAGCAUAGUUUUUAUUUUUCUUGGGGCCACAUCCUUACGGGACUAUUUUCGACAUCUGAGAGAAAUUGGUGGCCAGGAUGGUGACAGAGAAGAUGAAGGGGAUAGAAACGGUGCUCGUGUUGCCAGAAGACCACCAGUUCAAGCCAACAGGAAUGUUAUUGGUGAGGGGAAUGGUGACGAUGCUGGUGGGGCCCAAGGAAUUGCUGGGGCUGGUCAGAUGAUUAGAAGAAAUGCGGAAAAUGUUGCAGCCAGAUGGGAGAUGCAAGCCGCUCGUCUUGAGGCACAUGUUGAGCAGAUGUUUGAUGGACUUGAUGAUGGGGAUGGUGCAGAGGAUGUUCCUUUUGAUGAGCUCGUUGGCAUGCAGGGCCCUGUUUUCCAUUUGGUCGAAAAUGCAUUCACUGUUCUUGCAAGUAACAUGAUAUUUCUUGCGGUUGUAAUCCUCGUGCCUUUCCACCUAGGACGUUUCAUACUCUAUCAUCUAUCAUGGAUGUUAUCAUCCGCCGCCACCCCCGUGCUAUCAACCGGUCUUCCACUUAACGAACAAGCACUUGCCUUAGCCAACAUUACACUAAAGAACGCGCUAACCGGAGUAACAAAUCUGACAUCCGACACCAACUCAAACAACAACGUAAUUAGCCACGUUGCAGAAAUGUUGAAUGAGAAUUCUACCACACUUUCCGAGUCAUCAAACAAUGUCACUCUUCCCGUUUCAUCGGAUAUUAUAAAAGACGUGGCUAUAGGUGCAUCACGGUUGUCGGAUGUUACUACUCUCGCCGUUGGAUAUAUUUUCAUUUUCUCACUUGUCGUUUUCUACUUGGGUGUUAUCGUAAUGAUUCGGUACUCCAGAGGAGAGCCUUUGACGAUGGGACGGUUUUAUGGUAUUAUUUCUAUAGCCGGGACGAUUCCGUCUCUCUUCCGACAGUUUGUGGCGGCAAUGAGACAUUUAAUGACGAUGAUUAAGGUCGCCUUUUUGUUAGUCAUUGAGCUAGGUGUUUUCCCGCUUAUGUGUGGAUGGUGGUUAGAUUUUUGUACCAUAAGAAUGUUCGGCAAAUCUAUGUCUCAUAGAGUUGAGUUCUUUUCAUCAUCUCCAUUAGCAAGCUCGUUGAUUCAUUGGGCUGUUGGUAUUGUCUACAUGUUACAAAUCUCCAUAUUCGUCAGCCUGUUGCGGGGGGUAUUGCGUACUGGAGUUCUUUACUUUCUGCGUGAUCCAGCUGAUCCCAAUUACAAUCCGUUCCGUGAUCUAAUCGACGAUCCUGUGCACAAGCAUGCCCGUAGAGUUCUAUUAUCAGUCACUGUUUAUGGAAGCUUAAUUGUUAUGCUUGUAUUUUUGCCAGUUAAGCUUGCCAUGCGAACGGCUCCAUCUGUUUUCCCUCUUGAUAUAUCAGUAUCUGAUCCAUUCACUGAGAUCCCUGCUAACAUGCUUCUCUUUCAAAUUUGCAUCCCGUUUGCUAUCGAGCACUUUAAGUUAAAGGCAACAAUCAAGUCGGUUCUUCGCUACUGGUUCACUGCAGUUGGCUGGGCUCUUGGUUUAACGGAUUUUCUAUUACCGAGUCCUGAAGAUGAUAACGGCCAAGAAAAUGGUCAGCCGGGUGUUCAAGAUAGAGCGGUGGUCGGUUAUGUGGCUCCCGAAGAUCUAAACAGAGCCAGGCAGGCAGCCGCUGAUGCUAACCUUGCAGAAGAAGCUGAAGUCAAUGAACAAUCUGAUUCAGAGAGGUACGGGUUUGUGCUCUGUAUUGUGCUGCUUUUGCUGGCAGCAUGGAUGACACUGCUAAUCUUCAAUUCUGCUGUAAUUGUGGUGCCCAUAUUCCUUGGACGAGCGCUGUUCAACUCGGUUCCGCUUCUUCCAAUAACACAUGGCAUAAAGUGCAACGACCUGUAUGCGUUCAUUAUUGGAAGUUAUGUCAUCUGGACUGCACUGGCCGGUGUAAGAUAUUCGAUUGAUCAAAUUAAAACAAGGAGAGCUACAGUUCUAUUAGGUCAAGUAUUCAAAUGGUGUUCCAUCGCUGUGAAGAGUUCGGUAUUGUUGUCUAUUUGGAUUUUUAUGAUCCCAGUGAUGAUUGGCCUCCUGUUUGAGCUUUUGGUCAUUGUACCAAUGCGGGUGCCUGUGGAUGAAAGCCCGGUUUUUCUGUUGUAUCAGGAUUGGGCUCUUGGACUCAUCUUUCUGAAGAUAUGGACUCGGCUGGUAAUGAUGGAUCAUAUGUUACCUCUGGCGGACGACAGCUGGCGAGUAAAGUUUGAGCGGGUGAGAGACAACGGUUUCUCAAGGCUGCAAGGCUUUUGGGUGUUACGUGAGAUUGUGGUCCCUAUCGUCAUGAAGCUUCUAACUGCUUUGUGCAUUCCUUACGUAUUAGCUAGAGGGGUAUUUCCGGUAUUUGGCUAUCCGCUAGUGGUCAACUCAGCUGUUUAUCGGUUUGCCUGGCUAGGGUGCCUUGGUUUCAGUUUGUUAUGCUUUUGUGCCAAGAGGUUUCAUAUCUGGUUCACCAACCUUCACAACUCAAUAAGAGACGACCGAUAUUUGAUUGGGCGGAGACUUCAUAACUUUGGGGAAGACAAACAAGAGACCCCUCCGGUUGUCGAGACAUUGGGUUUUGUGGGCCCUGCUUUAAGGAGAGAUAACGGUGGUGAUGCUGAUAUUGGGUUGAGGCAUAGGCACAAUAUUCCAGUCGAGGAUUAAGAAGGGUGGUGUAAGGUAAGCAAUAAAUCAGCAACUUAACUUAAUCUUGUGAGGUGUGUUUUUUGUGAAUAUGGGGUUGUGGUAAAUUAGUAAAGAGGUAGAAGUAUACAAAAAAUGUAUUUUUAUGGUUUAUAUGAAGAGGUCAUUGACUGUA